CGCGCUGAGGCAGCACGCAAGCGCACUGAGGCUAUGUAGCUUGACCCCUCCGCGUCAACUUCCGGCCUAGCCAAGGGCCACGACGUAAGGCCAGGUACAGAGGCUACGGCCUGUACAGACACAGGUAUUUUGGGAGACUGCCAAGAAUUCUGUGAUUUGUUUUCUUGCUGGCGGGUUUCUUGGUAUUAAUUUUGAAGUUAGGCUGGUGGCUCCAGUGUGGAGUUGAGACAUUCUGCAGACCUAUACAUUUGUAUCAGAGACACUAUUUUUAUCCCGCUCAUCAAGGCACUUGCAGUUUCCCUUCUCUUUAGGGCCCCUGUUGCCCCACGAUGCAACAGUCUUUAGAACAAGCUCUGGACCGUGCGGACUGUAUCAUUGCCAGUGCCCAGCAGAGGCCUCCUAAAAGGAAAGGCUCAGCGAGUGGGGGAGCAUCUCUGGAUGAAAAACUUUAUGACCUAUAUGUGGAAGAAUGCGGGAAAGAGCCUGAGGCUACGGAGGAAUUAAGAAGCAACGUGAACUUGUUGCAGAAGCUCCUGAGGAGAGAGUCGUUGCCGUGCUUAGUGGUCAACCUAUACCCAGGAAAGGAGGGAUAUUCGCUGAUGCUCGAGGGCGAAAAUGGAUCCUAUUCGGAGACCAUUCGACUGCCUUACGAAGAAGGGGAGUUGCUCGAAUACUUGGAUGCUGAACAAUUGCCUCCUGCUCUGGUGGAUCUCCUGGAAAAAUCUCAGGUUAACUUUUUUCACUCUGGGUGUGUCAUAGCCCAGGUACGGGACUACCGGCAGUGCAGUCGGGAACCUCCCGGCUACGCGAGCAGGCACGUUCUCCUGUGGCCAACGAUGCAGACGUUAGCCUGCGACGUGCAGUCCAUGACCAGCGAUGACCAGACCUGGACCCAGGAAGACAGGCUUUUGCUGGAGAGCCAGCUGAUCUUAGCCACGGCCGAACCGCUGUGUCUUGAUCCUUCUGUAUCAGUAGCCUGCACUGGAAACAGGCUGCUCUAUAACAAGCAAAAGAUGAACACUGGCCCCAUGAAAAGGAGCUUCAAGAGGUAUUCUGCACCCUCCCUGAACCGGCAGCAGGAGCAGUCUCAUCGUCCACCUCCUCCUGAGCUGAGAGUAUGGCCUUCUUACAAAAAAAGCAGAGAAAGUACAACAAGUGAGAAUUGUGACUUUGUAAUUUCUAAACCGGGGAAUUAUGUAGAUACGUGGAAACAGAGACCCUGUGACUUGGUUGUACCUUCUGAAGUGGACGUGCAGAAAUAUGCUAAAUGGGAGAAGUUUGUCAAAUAUGAUGAGUCACAACCAACAGACUGGCCAGCCCACGAGGCAAAAGAUGAUUUUGAAUUUGGAUAUGAAGGUGGCGAUGAGUCUCAAACAAAGCCAGCCUUCAUGCAGUCACUUGAUCCACUUAUCUCUGGUAAAAGAAGGGUACGUAAAAAAAUCAGAUAUGAAAGACAGGCGUCCCCUCCGCACUCCUCCACAGGUGACCAUUCAACUAGUGUUCUGCCUAGGUCAAAGAGUGAUGCUGGGAGGGAAGUCACUGUGUCACAGAGCUCCAGUGGCUCAGCCAGCCUCAGCCAGCUGCCUCCAGGGAAAGAAACAGAAGAGCCUGAGAUCGUGUGUGUUCAGUCUUCAGUCCUGGGGAAGGCAGUCAGCCAUCCAUCUCCAGCCAUCAAACCUCCCUCAAGCUCAGGAAAGACUUGGUCAGGUAACAGUUUUACUCCAUGGCAGGGAAGCAGCUUUCUUAAGUCUCCAUCUCCUGCUCCAGCUUCUAAGCCACCAAGUCCUUCCCAGAAAUCCCCUGUGGAAGUGAAUCCAAUCAGCACAUUUCCUGUGGCCACUCUGUCUACCACCAGCUCUCUACAAAGAACCCUGGCCACCCAGGUCACAGCGAAUUCCCAGAAAUCCUCUGUGGAAGUGAAACAAGCUAGCGUGCUUCCUGCAGCCACCCUGACUACCACCAGCUCAUCACAAAGAACCGUGACCACUCCGAUCACAGUCAACUUUCCAAAACCUUCCGCAGAAGUGUUUCAAAUUAGUAUGCUUCCUCCAGUCACUUUGUCCACUACCAGUUUAUCACAAAGAACCUUGGCCACCCAGGCCAUGGCCAGAUCUCAGAAAUCCUCUGUGCAAGUGACUCGAGCUAGCGUGAUUCCUGCAGCCGCUGUGUCCACUACCAGCUCAUCACAAAGAACCUUGACUACCCCAGUCACGGUCAAUUCCCAGAAAUCCCCUGUGGAAGUGAUUCGAGUUAACAUGCCUCCUACAGCCGCUAUGUCCAGUGCUAGCUCUUCAGAGAGAACCUUGGCCACCCAGGUCAUGGCCAAGUCCUGCAAAUCUUCUGUGGAAGUGACUCCAGUUAGUAUACUUCCUAAAGCCACCAUAUCUACUACCAGCUUAUCACAAAAAACCCUGACCACCCCAGUCAUGGCCACUUCCCAGAAAUCCUCUGUGGAAGUGAUUCAAGUUUCCAGGCCUCCUAUAGCUACUUUGUGUACUACCAGCACAUCACAGAGAACCUCGGCCACCCAGGUCACAGCCAAGUCCCAGAAAUCUUCUGCGAAAGUGACUCAAGUUAGGAUACUUCCUAAAACCACCAUAUCCGCUACCGGCUCAUCACAAAGAAGCCUGGCCACCCAGGUCACGGCCAAGUCCCAGAAAUCUCCUGCGAAAGUGACUCAAGUUAGGAUACUUCCUAAAACCACCAUAUCCACUACCGGCUCAUCACAAAGAAGCCUGGCCACCCAGAUCACGGCCAAGUCCCAGAAAUCUCCUGCGAAAGUGACUCAAGUUAGGAUACUUCCUAAAACCACCAUAUCCGCUACCGGCUCAUCACAAAGAAGCCUGGCCACCCAGGUCACGGCCAAGUCCCAGAAAUCUCCUGCGAAAGCGACUCAAGUUAGGAUACUUCCUAAAACCACCAUAUCCACUACCGGCUCAUCACAAAGAAGCCUGGCCACCCAGGUCACGGCCAAGUCCCAGAAAUCUCCUGCGAAAGGGACUCAAGUUAGGAUACUUCCUAAAACCACCAUAUCCGCUACCGGCUCAUCACAAAGAAGCCUGGCCACCCAGGUCACGGCCAAGUCCCAGAAAUCUCCUGCGAAAGUGACUCAAGUUAGGAUACUUCCUAAAACCACCAUAUCCACUACCGGCUCAUCACAAAGAAGCCUGGCCACCCAGGUCACGGCCAAGUCCCAGAAAUCUCCUGCGAAAGUGACUCAAGUUAGGAUACUUCCUAAAACCACCAUAUCCACUACCGGCUCAUCACAAAGAAGCCUGGCCACCCAGGUCACGGCCAAGUCCCAGAAAUCUUCUGCGAAAGUGACUCAAGUUAGGAUACUUCCUAAAACCACCAUAUCCGCUACCGGCUCAUCACAAAGAAGCCUGGCCACCCAGGUCACGGCCAAGUCCCAGAAAUCUCCUGCGAAAGUGACUCAAGUUAGGAUACUUCCUAAAACCACCAUAUCCGCUACCGGCUCAUCACAAAGAAGCCUGGCCACCCAGGUCACGGCCAAGUCCCAGAAAUCUUCUGCGAAAGUGACUCAAGUUAGGAUACUUCCUAAAACCACCAUAUCCACUACCGGCUCAUCACAAAGAAGCCUGGCCACCCAGGUCACGGCCAAGUUCCAGAAAUCUUCUGCGAAAGUGACUCAAGUUAGGAUACUUCCUAAAACCACCAUAUCCACUACCGGCUCAUCACAAAGAAGCCUGGCCACCCAGUCCACACACAGUUCUGCUGGCCCCAACAUCAUCCAAGUGGUGGGCCCUGUCAGUGGAGUCCAGGCUUGGGCAAGGGAUUCCAGCCUUGGGGAGGGCUCUACCCCUGGGGCCACAGCUCCUGUGGGAAUCAAGCCCAGUAACCUGCCCUCAGGAUCUUGGCCACCAAAUGUAGGGCCCACGGCACUGCAGCUUCCUUCUCAAGCAGGUGCUCAGUUUUUUUUUAAAGAUGCCCCAAGUAUCAGGCCAGUAAGCAUGUUCCAGCUUCCACAAGGUUCGUACCUUUUGAACACCCAGCAACUGAACACACAGCAACAGCCUCAGCAGCGGUGGCUCUAUCAACUGAUUCCACAACAACAACUUCAACAACCUACAGCUUCCAGUCAGGAGCCCACAGCUCCUCAUCCUCAGCAGCCAGUAUCACAGGGUUCAAGUGCACAAGGGUCAACCAGUCAGAGAACAGCCUUAUCUGCUCAGCAAGCUGUUGUCCUUAACCUUGCUGGAGCAGGAAGUUUGCUGCAGCCCCUGCAGGCAGCUGUGUUGUCUCCACUUGGCUGUGUGGAGAGCCAGAGAAGACCUGAGCAGAGCAGCUCUCAGCACACACUGCAGCUGUCCUCUGCCUUACAGCUGCAGCCCCAGCAGCAGGUACAGCUGAGAAUUCUGCCACACCCAGUGCCUCUGACAACAGUGGCCGCCCCAACAGCUCAGCCACAUCCAUCUAGCGAGCAGACAGCAAAUCAGUCAACAGGUAAAAUGAAGAAAGGCACACCAACCACUCCAAAAUCCUAGAUCUUGCAUUACAUUUCCCUCUCUCUUUUAAACAAAACAAAACAACAUUGAAGCAAAGGGUUUCUGACUUUUUACUUCAUCUUUGUCUUUGAUGUCUCAGUAUUUUACACUGCUAGGUAAACAAACCAUACAGAAGCCCAACCCUGUGCUUUUUAAAUAAAGACAGUGGAGUGAUUUAAUGAAAAACAAAAUGAAUGGACUUUGAUAUUAGCCACCAUGAGGUCAGUAUCCCAUCUCUGCAAUUAACUAACCUUAAACCUGUUUCUUAACUUAAGUGACUCUCCAGUUCCUUAUCUGUAAAAUGGGAAUAGGAAUAUUCCCUUCUUAAGUUUAUUGUCAAGGUUAAUAUAAGAUAUAUUAAAUACUGAAAUUUAAAUUAAUUUUAAUGAAUACAAAUGUUAAAUAUUUGAAAGAAAGAAACAUAAGUACUUAAGCUGAAAAUGAACUACAGUAAUAGUAUUAGUGCAAAUAAUAGUUUUGUUGCAUUACAUAAAAGCCAACCUUGGAAGCAAGAGCAAAUACACCAUAUGAAUUUAAUUCCUCACAAAGAACCACCCUAGACUUUUAAAUGCACCCACGCACACACCCACACCCACACACCUCUCUUAGGUUUUCAAGUUAUAUAGAUAUAGGUACAGUUAUAGACAUAUAGAUCCAGAUCCAGAUAUAGAGAUUUUAAUCCUCUAUUAAAUAAAGAGUAACCCUUUUACUCUACCUAGAUGGCCCACAUGGUGAAUUCUCUCUCUGAUAAAACUGGAUGCAUUAGGCACUUGUAAUUCGUUCUUCAGUAAUUGAGGGAUGAUUGGGAUAUAUGACUCAAUAUCAUUUGCCAGACAAUAUUCAUCCAAUGCAUUAUUCAUGUGGUGCUUAUUAUUUUACAAACACUUCAUAAUAUACAAAUGCACCUGCUGUCUGUCUCUUGCUCCCCUAUUCCAUCUUCCUCCUCUAGUCUGUCUCAAUUAUUUUGUCCCCAUCAGACAAUAACCACUAGAGAGAAAAAGUAAAAGUUUCUUGACUUAGAAUGGACACAUGAAUGAAAAAUGCUAAGUUUAGAUGAACUGUGAAACAAAUUACAACAGGUAAUUAUAGGGAAAAGAAUAGAUGACUGUGAUAUGAAAUUACCUUAAAAAUAGCUGCUAAUUAAAAGUGAUUUCUGCAGCUCCUAAACAAUAUAUUUUAUAAUAACAUUGUAAGGCAAGAAGGUAAAUGACUACAUUAAAAUCCCCUCAUUGCCAAAUUUGGAUGAAUUCAUAAAUGUGGAUAAUACUUCAAAAAUACUUAGAUGCAGGGCACCUGGGUGGCUCAGUCGAUUAAGCAUCCAACUCUUGAAUUCAGCUCAGGUCAAGAUCUCAUGGUCCAUGAGACUGAGCCCCCUGUUGGGCUCUGCACUAACAGUGCAGUCCGCUUGGAAUUCUCUUUCUCCCUCUCUCUUUGCCCCUCCCCUGCCUCUCUCUCUCUGUCAACAUAAAUAGUCUUAAAAAAUAAAUAAAAUAAAAUAAAAUAAUUAUAUGUAACUAAAAGUUUUGUAUUACUCAAAAUGUCAUCUUCCUGAGUUUUUGGAAUUUGAGAUUGCUUGAAAAAAAUGAGCUAUUGAAAACAUCAUAAAAAAUAUAUUUCUUAAAUAGUUAUUUUUGUUAAAAGACUUUUUUAAAUUGUAAUAUUUGCUAUUUGAGACAUACCCUUGGGUGACUGGUAAACAUCUUUCAUUUAACAUGUCCAAACAUGAUGGCAUUCAUCAUUUCUCUGAGCCUACUAGUCCCUUUACUGUUUGUUGUUAAAAUAAUUCACAAAGCAAUGGAAUUAAUUACCAGGUAGUUUUAAGUACUUUAGGAAGCAGAAAAUUCCUCUGUAUACCCUUAUCCCUAACUACUUCUACACCAACUUGUGGGCUUGGAGGGAUUCUUAGAGAAAUCCUCAGACUUCCUUUUAACAGCUGAGCAACCAACCACCCCGCCUAAGGAAACAGGAGGAAAAAGUUGAGAAUGAGUCCUGACACUAGCAAAUAGAUUUUUGAUAAAAUAUUUCAUCUGUGACAUUUUAAUAUGUGUCACAGUGCAUUGCUAAAUACCCUUCAGUGCACGUGCAUACUAUGUGGAAUCAAAUUCAAACUAUUUUGUUUGGCUAUAUGAGGUCUUUUUUGACCUGGGUUUGGCCUCUCCUCCCCAUUUCCUCCCAUUUCUCCCCAUUUCCCCACUCACAUCUGUGGCUUCCUCUGUACUUAAAGUACAGGUGCUCCUGAUAUCCGAGUUGUUCCUCACUUCCAUGUUGUGGUGGAGACCUUGAGCCAGGAACUCCUUUCCCUUCUGUGCUCAUCCUGUAAUGCUUAGCCUAAGCACUGUCGCUCUGGAAUCUGAAUCUAUUUCUAUAUCAUCCGUUAGGACAGCCCCUUCAAACUAUUGCACAACAUUAUUUGUGGAUCAAAUAUGGUAGUAAAUAUAAAGAAAAAUAAGAAUUGAAAAUGUACAUUGAUAUAAGUAUCCUUUUCAGAUUUUUGUUUAGUUUUUCAAACAUAGAUUUAUAAUGCUGCAUGCAUUUUAUAGCAUUAUUUUAUUUAAUUGAUUAAAAAUCUGUUAUAUAUAAAAUCAUAAAUAUAUGUAAUACAUAUUUAUAUUCUCUAUGUUGAAUGUCACAACUGUCUUUUUAAAACAUCAAAGAGUACUAAAUGGCAAUUA